AAAGAAAGAGAAUAAACCGGAUCCAAGUCAGGAAAAUAAUUUAGGAGAACAGCAAAGACAGCAAGUUCGCGAAGCGGCUUCCCAAUUAGUUGGGAAUAUUCUUGACAAUCAAAAUAAUUUUAACCAAUUAACGACUAAUCCGGAUGGUACAAGACGGAACAUUGAUGAUGUAGAAGAAAUUUUUUUAUCUAGCAGCCUUAAUCAGUCGCCCCAGUCCCCUUCCACACCAGCACCAACUCAAAUUACUGGUUCACUUCCCCCGAUAGUUGUCGAACAAAGUUGGUACGAAUUAAGGGUUUUUAUAAUUGCUUGUUUACAAAAUCCUAAUCAAUCUAUUUUAGAAAAUGUGCGAUUACGGAUUAAAAAGGAAUAUUUAAAAGUAAUUCAAGAACUAAAAACAGUCAAAGAAUUAUUUGAGAAAUAUAACCAAAUUAGAACUAAUUUAGUAAUUAAUAAAGUAGAUAGAAGCAAGGAGUUAAUUGCCAAAGAACCAGCCCAACAAGAUUCAGUGCGGAAGUUAAUUAAUGGCUUGCUUCAAGAACAGCAGCAAGAAUUAGGGAAAAUCCAAAGUUAUGAUAUUUACAUUUUACGGGUGGCAAGCAGCCAUUAUGGUGCUGGACCAUCCUCGGGGGUAGCUCACUAUUUAGCCCUUUACAGUGCUUUAAACAAAAUACCACUACCAAAAAAUUUGGCUUCUACCGCUACCAUUAAAGGAGCGAAAGUGGGUGGGAUAGGAGGGUUGAAAAAUAAAAUACAAGGUUCUUUAAAAAAAGGAAUAGACACUUUUAUUCUUUCUGAAACUAAUAAAAGGGAUGAAAAAUAUGAAGAGCAAAGUUUUGAGCAUAUUCCCCCUGACAUACAAAAUAAAAUUAAAGAAGUUCACUUUAUUAGUCAAGUUAACCAAAUAAAAAUAGCCUUAAAUGAGAUAUUAAAUGGAACCAUCAAAGAUAAAGUUCAUGUUUGCGGAAAAAGUGAAAUUCCAGAGAAAAAACCAGAAGAGGACAAAGAACCUCGCGGACCUCCUAAUAAAGAGCCACAAAAGGAACCUUCCAUCACUUCCGAACAACUUUUAAAGGUAGUUAAUAGCGUUUUAAGUCUCCAAAAAGAAUAUCAGGAAAAAAUUGCGAACCUCUCUAAUCAGAGAACUCCGAAUCAAGGUAAAAAGUUAAGAAAAUUUACUGCUUGCUCUGAUGGAAAAAUAUUGAAAGAGGAAGAAGUUGAAGAAGAUGACAAAAUGAUUUGUGAAGUUUGCCGUCAACAAUUUGAAGAUGUUAAGAAGGGGGAAGCAAAAGUAACAGAAGAAAAAAUGAGAAACGAGGACCCAACUGACCCUAAACCAGAGGAAGUGGAGCAAAAGAAAAAACAGUUAUACCAACAAUACGAAG